GGCUUAUUACUAAGUCUUAGUAAUUAAAAAGAUAAAGAAAAUGCACAUUUAUUACACUUCUACGAACAGUUAUAUUUGUGACCUUACUGGAAAUGGACCCCUAAAUCACAACUAUCUCUCUUUUUGGAUAUCAUUACUUAGGCCGCUGAGAUCUCGUCUGUCGUUAUAUUCGUAUAAAGCCAAUUAGCUGGUUCAGAUAUUCAAUGGUUAUGUAAUUUUGUAUUAUUGAUUUUAUAAAACACUGAUAAUAAUUAUUGUUAAUAAAUGUUUGACAAGAAUUAUAUCAGUUCUUACUUUCGUAGGAGUCUGAUAAGUUGUGAUAAUAAUGACUAAUCCAAUACUAUCUGUUUGCUUUUGUACUUUGAUAUUUUUUGGGCAUUGGAAAGGCAGUUGGAGUGUCGGGAAAGUGGUGGCGGGAAAUCAACAAGCCAAUCUAAAUAACAUGCGAUAUAGGUUAACGUCAUUAGUGAAACUAACCUCAAAAGAUCUGAGGAGUAAAAGACAAAUUGAAUCUUAUAGUUUGAAUAAAAUGGAACCUUUGGAAAAAGCCAAAGAAUUAGCCGCAACUAGAGCAGUUGACGAGUACGUUAAGGACAAUUUUAUUGUGGGAGUUGGUAGUGGCUCAACAAUAGUUCAUGCUGUUAAACGAAUUGCUCAGAGAGUUCAAACUGAACAUUUGAAUCUUGUCUGUGUCCCGACUUCUUUUCAAGCAAGGCAAUUGAUCGUUGAACACAAAUUAAUACUUAGUGAUCUGGAAAAUCAUCCUCAGCUAGAUGUUGCCAUCGAUGGAGCAGAUGAAGUGGAUGAAAACAAGGUGCUCAUUAAAGGUGGUGGUGGCUGUUUGACACAGGAGAAAAUUGUUGCCUCUUGUGCCAAGGAGCUGAUUAUAAUUGCAGAUUACACUAAAAACUCUAAACAUCUUGGUGAAAACUACAAGAAAGGUAUUCCUAUUGAAGUGAUUCCCAUGGCGUAUGCUCCGAUUAGCCUCAAGAUAAAGAAGCUUUAUGGAGGAGAGAUUGGUUUGCGCAUGGCUAAAAUGAAGGCUGGACCAGUGAUAACUGACAAUGGAAACUUCAUACUGGACUGGUCGUUUCCGAGUGAUAUUGUGGACUGGAAAACUGUAGAUACAACAAUAAACAUGAUUCCAGGUGUGGUGGAAACUGGAUUAUUUGUUGGAAUGGCGAAGAAGAUAUACUUUGGCAUGUCCGAUGGAAAGGUGCAAGUGAUGUCUUGAAAUCAUAUUUUGAAGUCUGUUGGGAAGUCUAAGACUGGUUUUAUUAAGAUCUAUUAGUUUUUAUUUCAAAUGUGAAUUUAUAUUAUAAUUUUUUGCCAUA